AUGUGGCAUCACAUCUGUGUUACCUGGAAAAGUACAAAAGGCACCUGGCAGCUUUAUCUUGAUGGACAACUCCGAAACAAUGGAACAGGCUUAAAGGAAAACUACCAGGUUCCAGCCAACGGAACAGUCGUUAUUGGACAAGAUCAAGAUAAAGUUGGAGGGGGCUUCGAAACCGGAGAUGGUUUUGGACCGGGUGAGGUGACAGAGGUUAAUCUUUGGAGCAGGGUCCUGUCAGCGAGUGAUAUUGAAGAGCAGUAUGCAAACUGCCACAUUACCAAAGUCGGCUUGAUGCACUGGUGGGAACAAUUCAAAGAUGGCGUUACAGGUGUGAAAGUAGUUGAACCUUGAACCGAACAUUGAGCAGAGCUGAGAUAAUUUUUUAAAUUUAAUCAUAAUACAAACGCUUACAUCUAUAAGGUAACUGCAAUAAAUUCAUUAUAUGUAAAUCCGGAAUAAACCAACGUUUUAACCACA